AUGAACCAAAGUAUCAAAACAACCUCCUCAUCGAGCUCAAAAAAGACAAGUCAAGGAAUUCCUCCUAAAUUCAUUGUAGAUGAUCGUGGACAUAUCAUCAAUAAGGAAAAGCAUGCAGUUCCGAAUUCUUCAUUUCCCGAUAUACGAGAACCUCUUUGUCAAAGUAAUUUCAAUUUUACUCCAGUUGGAUUCACUGGUUUUGGUGUACGUUCCAACCACGUCAUACAAGGAGUGAGGCCCGAGCUUCAAAAUACAGUCGAUCAUGCUCAUCAUUAUCUCCACAAACAUGAAAAUCAAAAAUCAUUUGGGCAUUCGACGAUUAGAAAAAAAUAA